CAAAAAGGUUCGUUCUAUAAGAGAAAGUGGUAAAAAUUUGAGAAACGAACACUGAAACAAAAGAGAGCUCAUGGCCACUGAAGGAGAAGCGACGUUCUCCGCGGCCGCGACGGCGACGUCGAGCUAUCCGACGGGAGGUGUCGGUGGCAAAUUGAAGCGGCAAUCCGCGAGGAGGCAUGCGGCGACGCCGUAUUCUCGACCACCACAGAAUCAGUUACAACGGAGGCCGUGGAUCUCGAGAAUCGUCGAUCCUGCUUAUCGGAUUAUCUCCGGCGGCGCUACGAGAAUACUUCCAUAUUUCUUCUCCAAAGCCACCUCUCCUCCUGCUCUUACUGCUCCAGAGGAUCAAGAUCAACAUCAAGGUGAGUUGCAGAAUGAUCCACUAGACAAUGAUCCCAGUGUAACCCCAAGUUUAAAUAAACCGGAGUCAGCAUCAAUUGAAGUGGGAGGUCCUAGUGGUACAGCAAACGGGAACGAAGGCAAUUUCAGUAUCAGUGCACAGGGAAGAGGGAAAGCAGCUUUAAAUGACGCUGUUGCAAUCUCGGAGCUUGAAAGGCUAAUGGAAGGAAAAACAUUUUCACAAGCUGAAACUGAUCGUCUCAUAGAGAUAAUAAGUUCAAGGGCUAUUGAUCUACCUGAUGUCAAGAGAGACGAGAGAAAUUUGGAGAUUCCUUUGAGAGAGGGAGCCAAGAAAAAUAUGAGUUUGUUUGAUAAGACAAGAGAUCCCAUUGGUGUCAAGGAUGCUAAUAGUGAACUAUGGGCUACACCAACCCCACUUGCCAAGUCAAUAAUUUUUGAAGGAGACAAACAGAUACGAGAUGAAGUUGGUCUUUCACCGGCAGAACUUGCUAAGGCAUAUAUGGGAGGUCAGACAUCAUCAAGUAGUUCCCAAGGUUUUGUAGCAAGAAAUGAAAAGGAUUGUUUAGAUAGGAGUAUGCUUGUAGGAAAAUCAUCACUUGCAUCACCAUCAAGCAAGCCUUAUGCUUGUUGGCCUGGUAUCAAGUCAAGUGAGCAAUCUGGUUUUGCAACUCCUCAAAGCCGAGGAGAAAGCUAUGGGCUUCAAAAUUUUCCAAGGACCCCAUAUUCUAGAACCAUCCUUUCAAAUUCUAAGUCAAAGUUGAUGCAAUUGCAGAACGAUAGUAGCAAGCGCUUAAGCAACCUCCAGUCUCCCAGUCAAAGUGUGGAGACAAGAUAUGGCCAGCUUAGCAAGGGAAGGGAUGGUGGACUUUUUGGACCAAGUAGAAGAUCUCGUCAGAGCUCUACGCCAUCCUUGGUGUCUCCUUAUUCACGACCUUCCCGUGGUAUAUCUCGUUUUGAAAAUUCUGCUAUCAUGAAGAGCUCUGAAGCAGGGGAAUCAAGUUACCUAUCUAGGUCCCAGACAACAACUUAUGGUAAGCAUAAAGAGUCAGAAGUUGGUACCCCGACUGUGCCUACACAUUCUAGUCAGAUUGCUAGGACAAUAUUGGAUCACCUUGAACGGGCCCAAUCCCAAUCCACCCCGAAAAAUAAAUCUGCUGAGUUAAAGCUUGCCACUUCUUGGAGAUAUCCACAGUUUUCGAAAACCCUUGAAAAAAGCAGCUCGGAUGUUAACAAUGUGAAAAAGGAUGGCUCAGCUAAAUUGAAGGAAGAUAUCCAGAACAUUUUCUCUCAGAAUCUGUCAUCCUCUGUGCUUAAACCACCUGCAACUACCACUGGUGACACUCAAAAUGGAAUGAACAAAACUGCUUCUGCUUCAAAUGGAAUAUUCGGUGGAACACAAGCAGCAAGUAGUAGUAGUACCGCACUCCAAUAUGAGUUAGGGAAGUCUAAGGGUUCUCUUUCCAGAAGCACACAUGAUGAGGUGGUUACUUCUUCUCGGGACGCUGCAAAAGCUGUUCCCUAUUCUUUUGGAGGCGAAACUGCAAAUCUCCCCAAACCACCAUCUCACUCACUGGGAAAUAACAAACCGGUACUUCCAUCGAUCUCAGUAGCCAAGCCCUUCCAAAAAUGGGCAGUCCCUUCAGGCUCAAACGCUGGCUUCACAUUCCCGGUCUCGUCAUCUGAUGGAGCAACAUCAUCAGAGCCCACAACUCCAUCCAUCAUGCCCUUCACAACAAGCCCAGCACCAAGUGGUGGUGGUGUUGCCAUUACAAAUCAUCACGAAGCGAGAAAAGAUGACGAGAUUCCUCAAUUUAGUUUCGACGGCAACAGAGGAGGAGAUAAGUCACCCCUGGUGUUUGCGUUUCCCUCAAUGAGCGAAGAGGUGGUCAAUGAGGAUGAUGAUGCAAGGUUUCAGGUUUUGCAGCCACAAUGGAUGAGAAAGAAGAACACCCGAUUUCAAUUUCUUCUCCAUCCCAACUCAAAAUUCGUCUUCUUUCCUCGCGCGAUUUCUUCUUCUACUUCCGACAACAACAACGAAGAUGGCUCAGUUUCAUCUUCCAGACAAAACAACCGACAGAUGGGUUAUGAUCCUUCAGAGGAACUCUUUGGUGUUGAUUUCAAGCCCAGGAUCAUAUCUGGUGAUUCGCGCGAACCAAGGUCAUGGUUUGGUCCUAACGGUCAGUACAUUCGAGAGCUUCCAUGUCCAACUUGUAGAGGAAGAGGUUAUACUUCAUGCUCAAAUUGCGGAAUCGAGAGGUCGCGAUUGGACUGCCCUCAAUGCAAAGGAAAGGGCAUAAUGACUUGUCUCAGAUGUUUGGGGGAUUGUGUCAUAUGGGAAGAAUCAAUCGAUGAACGACCUUGGGAGAAAGCUAGAUCCAGUUCUCCAUUUAGAGUAAAGGAGGAUGAUGAGGUUGAUAAUUUAGAGAUAAAGUUCAGUAAAAGGAGGAAAUCGAAGCGGAUUUACCAGUCACCGACUCCUGAAGUUGGACAAAAGAUCAGCCGAUCUCUAAAAAGUCUCAAUGCCAAAACUGGACUUUUUAGUAAACGAAUGAAGAUUAUACAUCGUGAUCCCGUGCUUCAUGCUCAAAGGGUAGCUGCAAUUAAGAAAGCUAAAGGAACACCAGCUGCUAGAAAGCAUGCAUCCGAAUCUAUGAAAGCUUUCUUCAGUAACCCUGAAAACCGUGAACAGAGAAGCCUAUCCAUGAAAGGGAUUAAAUUUUACUGUAAGAACUGUGGACAGGAAGGCCAUAGACGCCAUUAUUGUCCAGAACUAGGCACUAAUGCGGACAGAAGAUUCAGAUGUCGGGGUUGCGGCGGGAAAGGCCAUAACCGAAGAACUUGUCCUAAGUCAAAAUCAAUGGUCACUAAAGGCAUUUCCACAAGGUAUCAUAAAUGUGGAAUAUGCGGUGAGAGCGGUCACAACAGCAGAACAUGCCUGAAGCCGACCGGAGUGAAACCUAGUGACCCUGGUAGAGAUUCCAGGGAAGAUGGUGUUGGUAAAAGAAGGUAUGCUUGUGGGUUCUGCAAGAAAAUGGGACAUAAUGUAAGAGCCUGUCCAAGUAAACAAGUUUCAGACACUGAUUCUUGUCGAGAGCAAGAAGGUUCUUGACACUGUUUAUUUGGUUAGUCUUGGUUUUGCUCUUGAAGCAGAAAUAACCAAUCAUUGACAGGUCCCUUUUUAAGGGAUGGAUAUUUCGGUUUAGAAUCGGACCAAUCACUUGAGUCCCUGAUUGGUCUUUCGUGAACUAUCCAAACUCUAAACAAAACUGAAGUGAGUUU